UCCACUAAAAUCAUGUCUGGACGUGGCAAAGGUGGUGGCAAAGUUAAGGGAAAGUCCAAGACUCGUUCGACCCGUGCCGGACUUCAGUUUCCAGUAGGACGUAUUCACCGUCUUUUGCGUAAAGGUAACUACGCUGAACGUGUCGGUGCUGGUGCUCCGGUCUACCUUGCCGCCGUUAUGGAGUACUUAGCUGCUGAGGUCCUGGAGUUGGCCGGUAAUGCUGCUCGUGACAACAAAAAGACCAGAAUUAUUCCCCGGCAUCUACAACUGGCCAUCCGAAAUGACGAAGAGUUGAACAAGCUGCUUUCUGGUGUAACAAUUGCCCAGGGUGGUGUCCUGCCUAAUAUCCAGGCGGUUCUUUUGCCCAAAAAGACCGAAAAAAGCUCGUAG